AUGACAAGUCUCAACGACCUUCGCACUCGUCUUUCGCAGGCCGAAAGAAAAGCCGAGUCACGCAAGGAAGCCUGGGAACAAGCACAAAAUGCCGAGGAAGAGGCCCGCAACGAAUGCUUCAUGGAUCCCUCAGAUGAGCAAUGGACACAAGCACGAAGAGCAACUAGGAGAGCCUUUCUGGAGGUCGACGACGCACUGAAGAAGGUUAGGCUCAUAAGACUUGAGAUCGCACAACGACUCAUGUCCAUGCCAUGGGCAGAUGACAUUGAAGAGAAUUGGGAAGCAUAUGGCACUGCGCCGCCCACAGGAAGCCGGUUCACCAGUGCUAGUUCCUCUUCGCGUCGACGCGUACCCGCUGCGCCAACAGCACGUCCGACUGUCACGUCCUUCCAAGCUAAGAUCGACCAGUGGCGUGUUGACUGCGAGGCCGCUUUCGCUGACUACGCUAACAUCAAGGUCUUCCCUGCUCCUCCUACUGACACGAAGUGUUUCAAGCAGGCGUGUCGAGUAGAGAAACGCGCUCUUACCGCCUGCAGGUGCCAGAUCCGCCACGCAUUCAGUAGCGUUCCAGGUCUUGAUUUCAAGAAGGAACGAAUCGCUUGGCAUCCAGAUAGGUUCUCACCGUGUCCAAAGGGCAAAGAAGAGUUCCAAGCGAUGGCCAAGGAGGUCUUCGUCGUGGUCGACUGGAUGUAUCGCCAAUGGUAG